AUUUUACUACUAUAAAAACUCAUCAUCUAAGUAGACAAACUAUGUACUAAUGUACAUACAUUAUUUACUAAAACUAAAAUGUUAUAAAACUUAAUGUUUGCAAGCUGCUGAAAAUGGGAGACCAAUAACUAAUGGGUCUCUAUUCCUAUAAAGUGGACCAGAAAAAGGUUAGUUCAGUCAAAAUGAAAGUAAAAUUGCAGCUAAUGCACGUGAGAUGAAAGAAAGUGAAAGGACAACAGAGUAUAGGGAACCUUUCAAACACACCACCUCAUUGUGUUUUCAUUCUUUACCAGCACAGCACAUCAGAUCGUCCUCCAUUCACAAACCAGUGAUGGCAGAAGCAGCUACCAGAACAAGAGGGCGAACUUGCUUCAGAUUCAUCAAGUGCUUGUUUGUCUUUAUAAUUCUGUUCAUCUUAUCUGUUCUGUGCCUUAUUUUCAUUGCAAUCUGGGCCAAGAACCAAGUGGUUCAGCAAAUACUGAAAAGAGUAAGUGAAGACAUUAACAAACACAAGGAAGAUGGCGUGAAUAGAAGAGCUGCAAUCACAAAAAUAUUUGAUCUCGCAAAUUCACUGGAUAGCAACGAAAAACUGGAAAUAUUCAAGGAAACCAUUCAAACAGCGAUAGAACAGGAAGAGAGACUGAAGGAAGAAUCCAAGUACAAAGUAACAACCUUCUCAAAACAAUACAAUGAAAAAAUGAAGGAACUUAUGCCUCAAUUGAAAGAAGCAAUGAUAUCAUCAUAUCCUUUUUUUCCUCCACUGGAGGAAAUAGUUGAAAUUACAUUUCACAUGUUAAAAAAAACCGGAGCUUACAUAGACAAGAAGCUGGAUUUGCUGCAAGAAUAGAGAACUCAGAAAAGAUAAAUCACAGGAGUAAAUGAUGAGCUUCAGAAAAUUGUGAGAAAAACAAUAAAUUGAACUUGUGUUUCUGUUUUCGUUUGUUGACCUAUGUAACGUAUAUCAUGUGUUUGUGAAAGGACAUAAUCUGAAUUGUUUUUGUGACUUUCUCUAAUUGUAUACUUCUUAGCUGCGUAACAUCUUGUCCUAUAAUGGUCUCGGAGUGGUAUUAUAAAGUGAAAAGAUUUACUCCUGGUGUGAGGCAUAAGCAAGAGCACAGUUGAGCUCUUCAGUCUUGAUGCUAUAAUGACUGCAGUAGAGAAACCUGGAUCUUUGGGUAUAUAGCUGCACAACUUGUCAGUUUGUUGCAGUUAUUUAAGUUCCAGUGUUGCAGUUGUUUAGGCUGUUUAACUUCCUUAUCACAAAGAGAUCAGAAAAAAGCAGACCUGCAUAGCGUUCUGUUCUGUUCUGAAACUAAACCUGAGGUUUCCAAAUCUAGCUAAUGCUUCCACAUGCAUGAUCUGGUGUUGGCAGCAUGUAACCAGUCACAGACAUGAACAGGUCUACUGGCAAGUUGUACUCCCACCUCAUGGAUUCUCUGCAGACAGUAAUAUUAUUAUGAUCAUAUUAACUAAUGUAAUCAAAACAAGAAUAAUUUAAACAAAGCAUAUUUAAGCACAAAUAGUACAGUGUGUGUGUGUCAAUGUUUUAAUUUACUUCUUUAUUUCGAAGAGUUAUUCUGAUUCUAGAAAUACUGCUACAAUAUAUACCAUUACAUAUUAACAUAUAUUGAGUUAGGUAAUAAAACUUUUGGUGAUUUGUAUCAAUAAAGGAUUUGGAACUGUGCAAACUGUGACAUUUAUGGGGAAAUAAAGCAUUUGUGGCUAC